AUACACCCACUUUUCUUUGCAAGUCAACACCCAAUUUAAUUUAGAUUUUCAGACUCAGAGAGCUGCAAGGCACAGAUUUAUUUGCUGGAAUGGCCACUAAAGAGCAGAACCAAGAGCUCACAAUUGACGAUCUGAAGACAGAAAUGAAACUGACUGAUGAGCAGCUCAAUACAGCAAUAAAGGAACCAGAUCUACCCGAGUUAGCAGCAUGUUUCGAUAACACUGAUGAUUAUCUUGAAAAGCUGGAGCUAUCACCUGGACAGAAAACUGACGUAAGCGAAGUGAAGGCUAAAACACGUCUAAACCGCACUCAAGCCGGAAUGAAGCUUGCCCUAGAAUACUGGCAGAACAAGAACCAACUACAAGCCACCUUCCAAGCUCUGCUACUCAUCAUACUCUCUCUGCUCAAUGGAGACGUUGCUGUUCGAGUGUGCAAGUACUUGUCUGACAAAUACUCCAUCACCUCGUGUCCCCCCUCCCGAGAGAGGGUUCUGCUGAAUCACAAGCUGUCCUCGUACAGGGACUACCUACAAAGUCGCUACAGAACACAAGUAUCCACAUCAGUCACACAAUGGCCUCCCGUCCCAACAAACAAAGUCUUCAAGCUGGCCAUGAUUCAGAAGGAGGAAAUUCAGAGAGGAAAAAUCAAUGAUGAAUUUUUUAGACUAUCAAUCACAGGAAAAAUUGACGAUAUUUUACUUCAAAAGUCUCCGGUUAACUUGAUAAAUAUUUUCUCAGAGAUUAGAAAUAGACGAAACUUUGUGUUGAUUGAAGGAGCUCCAGGCUCUGGCAAAAGCACCCUUGCUCUACACAUCUGUCAGGAGUGGGCAAAAGGAAAACUGUUCCAAGAAUUCGAUAUUGCAAUCCUCGUGAGACUGAGAGAUCCCCUCGUUAGAGAAGCAAAGAAAAUUGCUGACAUACUUCCCUGCAUUGAUACGGCCGUGGCUAAUGAGACAGAGGCAGUAAUAAAAUCACUGUAUGGCAAAGGUGUACUGUGGGUGCUAGACGGAUGGGACGAGCUUCCUUCUGACCUCCCUAGAGACUCCAUCAUCAACAAACUAAUCCGACCAGAUAUGUCACGAGAAAGUCCGCUACACGAAUCCGCCUUGAUUGUAACAUCUCGACCGUCAUCCUCGGCUGAGCUCCACCCACUAGUCUCGUCCAGGGUGGAGGUGUUGGGGUUCACUCCUCAUGAACUAGAACAGUAUUUCACUGAGUGUUUGAAAGGUGACUCACAAGCUGUGCAGACUCUACUGGAAAGAAUUCGAGAGAACCCAGUGGUAGAAGGUAGCUGCUACCUCCCCCUCAAUGCGUCCAUUGUCGUUAAUUGCUUCCUUUCUGAUAACCACUCACUCCCAACAUCCAACCACGGGAUAUUCACAUCUGCUGUCCAGAGCACUCUCAAGAGAUACCUCCAGGAUAGGUUGGGGAAAACCACUUCAGUGGGAGACAUCACAUUUCCACACUCACUGCCCUCAGAAAUCAAAACACCGUCCGUACAAAUGUGUCAACUUGCAUAUUAUGGGAUUGAAAAAGACAAAGUGACAUUUACUGACAAUGAUUUGGCCGCUCUUCGCAUUACGAAGGAGAUUUCAAAAGUUGGAUUAUUACAAACUGUUCCCAGUAUCAUUAGCGAUGGUCAUCUGGUUUACUACUGCUUUCUCCACCUGUCUAUUCAAGAGUUACUAGCAGCAAUCCACAUCUCUCUCAUGUCUCCCAGGAACCAAAUUUCUGUAUUUCAGAAGCUGUUUGGUAAUCCUCGAUUCAGCGCAGUCUUCCAGUUUUAUGCUGGUGUCACCAAACUGAGAACUAGUAGACCAAUCCUCAGCAAGCUACCUCGAUUCUUGUGUCCAUUUCCAACAUCUGUUUUUGAUCUGGUCAGAAAGGUUGUCAAAAGUGAGAAUAAGAUAAAUGAUAAUGAUAUUUAUGUUAAGCCAAAACCUCUCUUGUUGUCCCUCAUCAAUUGUUUGUACGAAGCUGAAGACUCGUCACUUUGUGUGUUUAUGGCCACACUUCUUAAUCAUGAUCUAGAUCUUAAUUUCACUACAAUGAAUCCCAUUGACUGCCUCUCUGUUGGAUAUUUCGUAUCAGCUUGUUCCAACACCAGUAAUGGAUUCACACUUAGCCUCGAAAAUUGCUGUAUUGGUGACCAAGGCUGUAAAUUUCUGGCCCGAGGACUUUCCAAGUGUCCCUUCGAGAUUAGUCUUAAUCUUCAUUAUAAUGAUAUUCAUGAAGAUGGGAUACACCACAUCGCUGAGGUGAUCAAGAACACUAGUUCAAUAUCUUUGUCUUAUAAUGCCAUUGGCAAUAGUGGGCUUAGCGCACUCUGUGAGGCCUUGUCAACUAACAAAUCAUUAAAGUAUCUCAAUCUCUCCAACUGCUCACUAUCUCUCAACAAUCACGGAGCACUCCCUCGACUACUGAGCACAAACACUACUCUUAAAGACCUUUAUUUGUCACACAAUAUUAUUGGUAACACUGAACUGAGGUAUAUCUGUGAGGCCUUGUCAACUAACACAUCAUUAAAGAGACUGCACCUGACCAAUUGUUCACUAACAAUAUCAGAGGACAAUGGAGCUGCCCUCUAUCAACUUCUGAAUGCCCUCGAAUUUCUUUAUUUGUCUUAUAACACAGUGACUAGCUGUCGUCACAUUGCUGCUGGACUUGCAGUCAAUAAGACUCUGAGAACAUUGAACUUGAGUCGCUGUAAUCUGACUGAUCAGAGUAUCGAGGAGCUAUCAACUGGACUGAUUAACAAGAUUACAACACUGUACAUUGAAGGUAAUGACUCAAUAACAGAAGAUGGAAUGAAGACACUUGCCAGACAUCUAACCACCCACUGCCCUGAACUGACACGAUUGUGGAUACCUUAUCACCUAAGAUCCUGUAUCGAGAUAGUAUUCAGGGACGCUAACAAAGAGAGAAAGAGAAAUGGACUGCCUGAGAUUUACGUGGCAAUCUGAUAUCAACCAUGAUUUUACUUGAUUUUAUUCUGCCAUAAUUAUUCAAUGAUAAUUUAAAUGCUAAAUCAUGUAUAAUUAUAGUCUAACUAUUAUUUAAUCUCAACCAUGCAUGAUUUACUUUUGUACGUACUACAUUAUUCAAUGACAAUUUAAAUGCU